CCCCUUAUUGACGACAGCUAUUAGCUACCGCGCCGUACCCGCGAAGAUAGUAACAGUUAAUGUUUAAUUAAUAAUAGAACCACAUUAUUAUACUCAAUACUAUAGCUACGUCUGAAGGUUAAGAUUGUAGAUAUUGUUCUAGUUAAUGUGUAGAUCUAAUAGUAGCAGCAAGAUAUUUCUAGUCCAGGUCGAUGUCAGAGAAGGAGAUUCUGAGCAGAGUCGAUAACAACAUCCCCCUUGAGGGGGGCCAGGCCUUCCCUCCGGCCAGUCACCAGGAGGUUGGGGUGGGAAGCGCCCAGAGGGAGAACCGUGGAGAAGGGGAUCAGCCUGAACCAAGUCCAAAUAUUAUCCAGGAGCCGCAUAUCUUGCCUCCUGAUUCUACACACUCCACUCCUUAUUUCUUCGAUCAAAAGAAUAUCGAAGGAGAUGAUGAGCUUGAUUCUGAAAAGUAUCCCCUACCUGCCUCAGAGAAUGCUGAGCCGGUCUUGUCCAGGUUGGUUACCGGUAGUAGCUUUGGUCUGUCUUCAGACUGUCGUGAGUGCACUCAAGCUGAGCCGAUGAUGUUUGUUCCAAGUGUUGGGAACAAGGUGUUCCAAAGAAAAUUAUGCCUUCACAAGGAUUGAUGUUAUCAAAAUUAAUUAAUUGCUGUGCAGACGUGUAAAGACUUUACUAAUUAUAAGAUCAUUACUGGUCUUUAGCAAGUAUGUAUACGUAGUGUUAACAAAUGAGUUUUUAUCAUUUCCUCCAUAUUAGCAUUUUUGCUGUUGGUCAGUAUGCUGUAUAGUGUGUUUCAACACUGAACUAUAAUUGUUAUGUAUGUCCUUGAUUUUGUAAAUCUGUGUUCUUAUUAUUACGAUCGGAGUUUAAUAUUGUAUUUGUUGA